AAGCAAUUUUGGCGGCUCAAGGUUCGCCGAGUUCGGGAGGCGCCAGGCUACAAGCGGCGAGCAGUUGCUCAAGCUCUUGGGGAGUGAUGGGAUCGAGUACCAUUGGUUCGGUAAAUCGGUGGCCGUUAGCUCCGACGGGGCCCGUGUGGUGGUGGGGGCCAACUACUAUGACGACCAGGACACCGAUUCUGGCUCCGCGUACGUGCUCGACGGGGCCACGGGCGAGAGGCUGCUCAAGCUUGUGGCGAGUGAUGGGGCCUUAUUCGACAAAUUCGGUACUUCGGUGGCCGUGAGCUCCGACGGGGCCCGCGUGGUGGUGGGGGCCUACUAUGACGACGACCAGGCUUGUGGCGAGUGAUGGGGCCGCAGGCGACUAUUUCGGAAUCUCAGUGGCUGUGAGCUCCGACGGGGCCCGCGUGGUGGUGGGGGCCUCUAGUGACGACGGCGGCUCCGGCUCCGCGUACGUGCUCGACGGUGCCACCGGCGAGAGGCUGCUCAAGCUUGUGGCGAGUGAUGGGGCCGGAUACGAAAAAUUUGGUAAUUCGGUGGCCGUGAGCUCCGACGGGGCCCGCGUGGUGGUGGGGGCCUACUAUGACGAUGAUCAGGGCACUCAGUCUGGCUCCGCGUACGUGUUCGACGGCACCAUCGUCACCACCGAGACGGCCACGAGUUCCGCGACGUCAAGCACUACUACCACCAUCAAGACAACCACCGAGACAACAAGUGAGACGACCACCGCGACGACCGCCAAAGCUGGCCACGACGACCACCGAUACGGGCACGAGUUCGGACACAUCAAACAACACAGCCACCACCGAGCCAUGGGGAUUAAUUGCAGUCUUCGCUGGUGUCUCGUUCUUGGUCUGCGGCGUCGCGCUGGGCUGCCUGGUGAGGCGCGGAUGUCCUGGCCGUGGCAGGGGCCCAACACCCGAGCGCGGCAUUCACAGCGCGGAGGUUGAGGCCAACGUGUCGGAGCAGGACGCGGAGAUCGAUGAGCACGAGUCGGAUCACCGUAUUUAGCACGACGCGGAGGUUGAGGCCUUCCUAUAAUCUCCCUCCCUCCUCCUCGCUCCCUGACGCGCCGCGCAGCUAUCCCUCGCAAUACGUUGGAGCAAAGGGUACAACGAUAGCCGCCCGAGGCACUGCGCUAUACUUUUUUCUCUUCAUAGCAUCAGUAACUGCCUAGUCUGGUCCGACACAGACGGCAGUCUUUUUGUAAGGUUGCGGCUACAUUCAGCACCAACCCUUUGGCGCUUGAGCGCCACGUGUUCCCACGCACCAGUGCCUAGAUCGCCCCACAAAAAAGGCGGUGUGCCGUUCGCGCCAAGGCGUGUCAGGCUGCAAUGCUGGCUUGCAGGCGACGUCCGCCUGCUGUCAGCCCAGUGAAUUGACUGCAUCAUUUUUUCAAGAGCUGGUCGCGGAAAAAAAAGAAAACAGCGGAAUGAUUCAGCACGCCAGGCACCCCUCUGAUGAAUCAACAGGGGGCGGCGGAAAACGCUUAUGUGGCCGAGAGUUGGGCCAGAGCUCGGCCAAGCUAUCGGGCCAGUUGUUCCCCGAGUCGGUUUGGAA